AUACUGUUUUAAUAAUUACUCUCAAAAACUUUCCUUUUCUAUUCAAUAUUGGGAAGCAGACAACUCCUGGAUAUUAUAAUUUUUGUGACCUCCUGAAAUUUUCCCAUCACCUUCCUCACAGCUGUCCAUCACAUGCUACUUGCUUUCAAGUUCAAAUUCAAGGCUUUCAACUCUUUGGGAUUUCACCCAAAUUUUCCUCACCACAUCUGUAAUUGUAGCCCCCCACCCCUUUUUUUUCAACAAUAAAAAAAGGAGAAAGGAAAUCUAUCAAAGGAAUAAUUUCUCAUCUCUAUAAUAUAUUAGUAUUACUAGAUUUAUUGGUUUAAAAAAUUAAAUUAAAAUGGAGAGCCACCGGUAAGCGACAGAGAAGAAGAGCUCUCUAGACUCCAUAUUCAUCAUCUACAGUCCCACACUCCUCCACCGCUCACACACUCUCUCUCCUCUCUCUCACCUCUAAACACAUAAACCCCAACAACCCACCAAUUCUGCCCAAACCAACUCAAAAUCCCGUCUUUUUCAAAACCCAGAAGCCAAUUCCAUCCAUUUCUCCCGACCCGAAUGCCGAUUUGAUCGGAUCCGACUCCCACUUGAUCCGAGCCCAAAUGGGUCACCUGAACCUGCCCGCAUCGAAGCGGAGCCCGAGGCAAUGGCGCCUCUUGGACCUUGUCUCAGCGGCCUUCUUCGGCAUAGUGAUUGUCUUCUUCCUCCUAGUCUUCACUCCCUUGGGUGACUCGCUUGCUGCCUCGGGUCGCCAGGCUCUUCUCUUAUCGAAAAAUGCCGAUCCGAGGCAACGACACCGUUUAGUGGCGUUGGUGGAGCUCGGGCAGCACCAGCAGCCCAUUGAGGCCUGCCCGGUCGAUGCCGUCGACCACAUGCCGUGCGAGGACCCCAGGCGCAACAGCCAAUUAAGUCGGGAGAUGAACUUUUACAGAGAGAGGCAUUGCCCUCUGCCUGAGGAGACCCCUCUCUGCUUGAUCCCACCUCCCAAUGGCUACAAGAUUCCGGUUCAGUGGCCCGACAGCUUGCACAAGAUAUGGCACAGCAACAUGCCACACAACAAAAUCGCAGACAGGAAAGGUCAUCAGGGGUGGAUGAAACUGGAAGGCCCACACUUCAUUUUCCCUGGUGGUGGCACCAUGUUUCCAGAUGGAGCUGUACAAUAUAUUGAAAAACUUGGACAGUACAUCCCUAUCAGUGAUGGCGUCCUGCGAACUGCUCUCGAUAUGGGUUGUGGGGUUGCCAGUUUUGGAGGGUAUCUUCUAUCCAAAGAUAUUUUGGCAAUGUCAUUUGCUCCAAGAGAUUCCCACAAGUCACAGAUACAAUUUGCAUUGGAAAGAGGAAUUCCAGCAUUUGUUGCCAUGCUUGGCACUCGCAGGCUUCCAUUUCCUGCUUUCUCAUUUGAUUUGGUGCACUGCUCUCGAUGUUUGAUCCCUUUUACUGCCUAUAAUGCCACAUAUUUCCUUGAAGUGGAUCGUUUACUUCGCCCUGGAGGAUACCUAGUAAUCUCCGGUCCUCCUGUGCAGUGGACAAAUCAAGACAAGGAAUGGGCGGAUCUCCAGGGUGUUGCAAGAGCAUCGUGUUAUGAGCUGAUUGCUGUGGAUGGAAACACGGCUGUCUGGAAAAAGCCUGCUGGAGAUUCAUGCCUUCCUAACCAAAAUGAAUUUGGCCUUGAAUUGUGUGAUGAAUCAGAUGACCCAAGUGAUGCGUGGUAUUACAAUUUAAAGAAAUGUAUGAGUAGGACAUCUUCUGUCAAGGGAGAAUAUGCUGUUGGGAUGAUUCCAAAGUGGCCAGAGAGGCUGAUAAAAGCUCCUGCAAGGGCCACACUCAUGAGAAAUGGCAUCGAUGUGUUUGAGGCUGACACGCGACGUUGGGCGAGAAGAGUUGCUUACUAUAAGAACUCCCUAAACCUGAAGCUUGGAACUCCAGCUGUACGCAAUGUCAUGGACAUGAAUGCAUUUUUUGGAGGUUUUGCUGCUGCACUAAAAUCUGACGCUGUGUGGGUGAUGAAUGUUGUUCCUGCCCGCAAGCCCUCAACUCUUUCUGUAAUCUUUGACAGAGGUCUUAUUGGAGUAUACCAUGACUGGUGUGAGCCUUUCUCAACGUACCCUCGUUCUUAUGACUUCAUCCAUGUAACCGGAAUUGAAUCACUCAUAAAGCAUCCAGGUUCCACCAAGAACAGCUGUAACCUUGUGGAUUUGAUGGUGGAGAUGGAUCGAAUGUUGCGUCCUGAAGGAACGGUUCUGGUUAGAGACUCCCCUGAAGUAAUAGAAAAAGUAGCUCGCAUAGCUCAUGCCGUAAGGUGGACUGCAAGCAUACACGAGAAAGAACCAGAAUCACAAGGGAGAGAGAAAAUUCUUGUUGCAACGAAAACAUUUUGGACUUUGCCUUCAGCAUCCAACUGAUGUGAAGGUUCAUCUCCAUGCAUGGAUGCAGUUUCUUUCUUAUCCACCACACCCUAUUAUGUAAGGAGAUAAUAGGGUUAGAAUAGGGAGGGCCCGAAAGAUGGGAAGACAUGCAGCUUUUUUGUUAGAUUACACCCAAAAAAGAAGAAAAAACAGAAGAAAGUAAAAAAAAAAAAAGUGGCAAUCAUAUGUUCAGUUUCCAAGGAUAAAUGUAAUUUGAUAUUAUUUAUUGCCCAUCAAUUUGAUGAUGCUUUGCAUUA